GCGAAGCCAAUUCAGAAGCGACCCGAACCGCCGAAAUGGAGGUUCUCUGCAAAUUUUUAACAGUGUGCUUGCUGCUUGCCGGCGCUCAGGCCUUCACAAGAGCACAACCCGCCAAGGAGCUCUCCUGGCAGUCCCUGUUCUUCGAUGCCGUGUCUGGAAACCUGCAGGAGCCCCAGGCUGAUGAGCUCGUUAACCUGGAGGAGUGCACUGCCCUCUACACAGUGGACAACAUCGAGAUUCUGCUGACGGCUGGCUACAAGAUUCGUCGUUGCAACAAAGUGGAAGCCAAGGAUAUCGAGAGAUAUCUGGAGCGUCAGGAUGCCGUCUACACGAAGCACUCCUUUGAAAGGGAGUUGAUUGGAUGCUCAUUCCAGGAAUCGGAGCGCAGCACCCGCGAUUGCUACGUUGAUACCGUCCUGAAUCUGUUCAGCUCGGUGCGUCCCAACCGCUACGAUCAUCGUCGCCGAAGGGCCUGCAUUCUCCGUGAGGUGGAGAAGGCGGCGGUCAAGCUGGACGCAGCCUCCAUCGCACUGGCCAACUGCCUUGCCCAGUCGCAGCCGCAGCCACAGCCGCCCCAGAACAGCACCCUGCCCCCUCCGCCCCAGAACACCACCGCCGGCGGACCUGGCUGGAACUCCACCUACUGGCCCAAUACGAACACCACCCCCAACUUCACCACACCCAACUUCAACACACCCAACUUCACCACCACCACUGCCAUUCCUAACUGGAAUUCCACUGAAGGUCCCUGGUGGGGAAACAAUUCAACUCAAGGUCCGUGGGGAGGAAACAACUCCACUCAAGGUCCUUGGGGAAACACUACUACUGAGGGUCCUUGGUGGGGCAACAACUCCACUCAAGGUCCAUGGGGAGGAAACAACUCCACUCAAGGUCCUUGGGGAGGAAACAACUCGACUCAAGGUCCCUGGUUAAGUACUACCACUCAAGGUCCUUGGUGGGGCAACAACUCGACUCAAGGUCCAUGGGGAGGAAACAACUCGACUCAAGGUCCCUGGGGAAACACUACUACUGAGGGUCCUUGGUGGGGCAACAACUCCACUCAAGGUCCAUGGGGAGGAAACAACUCCACUCAAGGUCCUUGGGGAGGAAACAACUCGACUCAAGGUCCCUGGGGAAACACUACUACUGAGGGUCCUUGGUGGGGCAACAACUCCACUCAAGGUCCAUGGGGAGGAAACAACUCCACUCAAGGUCCUUGGGGAGGAAACAACUCGACUCAAGGUCCCUGGGGAAACACUACUACUGAGGGUCCUUGGUGGGGCAACAACUCCACUCAAGGUCCAUGGGGAGGAAACAACUCGACUCAAGGUCCCUGGCUAAGUACUACCACUCAAGGUCCUUGGUGGGGCAACAACUCGACUCAAGGUCCCUGGGGAGGAAACAACUCCACUCAAGGUCCUUGGGGAGGAAACAACUCGACUCAAGGUCCCUGGUUAAGUACUACCACUCAAGGUCCUUGGUGGGGCAACAACUCGACUCAAGGUCCAUGGGGAGGAAACAACUCCACUCAAGGUCCUUGGGGAGGAAACAACUCGACUCAAGGUCCCUGGUUAAGUACUACCACUCAAGGUCCUUGGUGGGGCAACAACUCGACUCAAGGUCCAUGGGGAGGAAACAACUCCACUCAAGGUCCUUGGGGAGGAAACAACUCGACUCAAGGUCCCUGGUUAAGUACUACCACUCAAGGUCCUUGGUGGGGCAACAACUCCACUCAAGGUCCUUGGGGAGGAAACUCCACCCAGGGUCCAUGGGGAGGAAACAACUCGACUCAAGGUCCCUGGGGAAACUCUACUACUGAGGGUCCUUGGUGGGGCAACAACUCCACUCAAGGUCCAUGGGGAGGAAACAACUCCACUCAAGGUCCAUGGGGAGGAAACAACUCGACUCAAGGUCCUUGGGGACGAAACUCCACCCAGGGUCCGUGGUGGACCAACUCGACCCAGGCACCCGGCUUGAACUCCACGGAAGCUCCGUGGUGGACCAACACAACUGCCAGCUGGAACAGCACCACUCUUCGCCCCAAUGGCAACAGCACUCAAGGACCGUGGUUGGGAAACUCUACCCAGGGACCCUGGAACACCACUGAAGCUCCCUGGUGGAACAACAACAGCACUGCCGUCUGGAACACCACCACCGUCGACGACACCACUACCACCGAGGGGAACUGGUUCGAUCACCUUCUGAACGAGAUCGGAAACCUCUUCUAGACCCGUAAAGCCACGAGAAGCUCAUCCCAACUCAUGGGCGGGAUGGACAAUAGACUAAGCUCUGCGCCAGAAAAUAAAUAAACUUAUCAGCAUUGAAAA